AAGAGUUGUGUCGAGGAAACGAAAUUAAAGCUGGUAACAAGAUGGAUGCAAUUGUGGAAAAUUCAACUAUGCUCGGAUUCAUAGGAGGAACGCUGAACCCCGACCCAGAGACAGUAGAGAACCACACCAGGCAAAUCGAGUCUCUCAAGAAGGAAAUAGAAGAGAGGGACAAGACGCUGUCAAGGCUAAAGCAAGAUUUUAACGAUUUACAGGCUCAAAACGACGACUUAAAGAUUACCUUGGAGUCUAAGAACCAUGAAAUUGAAGCUCUGAAGGACAAAGUUCAUAAACUAGAAACCGAGAAGAAAAUUUUGGAAAAGAAGCUACAAAAUGUCGAACUCGAAUUUGAAGAUUUAAAAGACCAAAACAAUGAGAAGAGGAAAGAAAUCAAGGAUUUGAAGAACUCAUUGGAGUUGAAGGAUAAAGAAAUAACAGCCGUGAAAAGGGAAGUUGAGGAUUUAAGAGACCAAAACAACGAGAGAGCCAAAGAAAUCGAGGAUUUGAAGGUUUCAUUGGAGACGAAGGGUAAAGAAAUAAUUGUCCUAACAAGGAAAGUCAGAGAUUUGAAAGACCAAAACGAGAAGAUAAAGAUUUCCUUGGAAGCCAGGGACAAAGAAAGGGAUGACCUGAAAGAUAAGAUCAGAGAGCUUAAAAAUGAACUGAAAUCUUUCAAGCGUUCGUCGGACGUCUUCCAGAGGGAAUGGCAAGAUGCGAAGAAAGCACUCGAGAAAAGCGAGGAAAACUAUAAUAAACUGAAACUAGACGUGGAGAGACUGUCGAAGAAAAUUCAGAGAAUGACGGAGGAGGACAAACGAAAAGAAGAAGAAUACAAGAAAUGGAAAAAGGAAUUCCAGGAAAAUAUGCAACCAUUGCAGUCUUAUGGAAGAAGCCUGUCUUCGCCUGAUUCUCUUGAUAGCGCUUGCAUUCUUCUUGGUCAAAUGUGCUCGCGAGUGCAAGCGAUGAUGUACCAGAAAGUACUUCCAGACGGUUAUGAUGAACAUUGUUCUUACAAAGUGAAAUUCAUCGAAGAAGACAUUGCAUUAAGAGAGGGAGAAGAUCAACAUCAGGCGAGUAAGAGAUGGGAGGAAUUGAAAACGAAACUAAGCUGGAAUAACGCCAAACAUCCCAGAACAAUGAAAGAGAUCCAGAACAAAAGAAAUGAAAUGGCUCAUCCCGAGAAGCUAACGAAGGAUAAGCUUCUCAAAUCUGCAAAAGUGAUGCAAGAUGCAAAAAAACUGCACGGCUGGAUGUCUUUCAAUCAUGUUCAUGAAAUAAUACGUAUAUGGGACCUUCUAGGACAGAUGGAGUAGUGCAAACUUCAGGUUUGUGCUCAACAUAUACACGUAUGUACAAUUAGAGUAACUGACUGUUUUAAUGUUUGGUCCAGCCUGAGCGUUGGGCCAGCCGAAAUAUCUUGUUAGCAACAACUGUGAGAGUGACUGAGUUUCAGUGUUAACACGGCGUUUGAAUCUCAUCGGUAAAAUUCGUUUGAACGGUAGUGUUUAAAAUGGUUUCAAAAUACAUUUACUACACAUUAUAGUUAUAAAAUAUAACAUGAAACAGUUCAAUGCUGUUAGUCAAAGUUCUAUAGCAAUUGGUGCAAGGUGAGCAUCG